CUAAAUAGGGUAGGGAAUAUCGCAGAUUUUGGUCAUAAAUAGGACAAGGGUUUUGGGAGGCGGGCCACACACUCCCACCCGAUUUUGCUGGGAGUACCCCCCCCCCUUAGGUUGCAACAUCUCUUCGUAAAUGCACGCAUGUUUUUACUGGUAUUUGCAUAUAUUAUAGGCAAUGCCUGUCUAUAAUGUGUAGCUAGCUUUGAGAUCGAAAAUGCACCUCUCAAACUCACCAGUGACAAUGCAUGAGUUCUUGCUUAGUUACUGAUUAGUGAACACGGGCAAUUUAUCACAAACUAAUUAUUGCGUUACUAACGUUACAAAACUGAUAAACCUUUAGGGUAACAUCAGAAUGGGUGGCAUUAAAAAAUUGGCGAUGUACAGCCGUGAAGUGUUCUUUUUGGAUAAAAGUAAAUUGGACCUUCGAGCUCCCGAUUUAGCACAAAAAUUCCAGAAAUUACCUCCAAGUUCCGAUGGAGUUGAUGGGAUGCACGGGGUGCCAGGACCAUUAGUGGAAAUAUUUGCUGACACGGUAGCUGGACAAGUAAGCAUUGUAACAAGUGGUGGAAAUGGGAAGCAGGGGCAAGAUGGUUCCGAUGGUAGAAAAGGGGCCGACAGCUCAGCAAAGAGAGCUGACAAGACCGAGCAAGACUGUUUAGCAAUGGGUGAAAAGUGCUCGGAUAUUCCAGGGCAACGAGGUGAACAAGGAGGGGUUGGCGAAGACGGCGGGUAUGCUGGGCAUUCUGGAAACGGUGGUAACGCUGGACGCCAAACAAUAAACGUCAGAAAAGUGCAAGGAAAGCUGGAUCUAAAAACAUGUCCUGGUAGAGGGAGCCAGGAAGCUAAAAAUGGCGUUGGAGGAGUUGGCGGUGGGGGAGGACUCGGAGGUCGUGGUGCCAAAUGCAAACGCCAUGGAAAAUGGUGUAAAUUUCCCUGUUCUCGACGCUGUAAAAUGAAAGGUCAAACAGCUCAAGCGGCCCGUGGCCCACCUGGAGAAAAAGGACAUGACGGGCAAACUCCGGUAACCCCUGGUUCAGACGGUCAAGUGGAAAGCUCUUAUCUUCAGAAACGUGACCUUAGUCUCAGUGGAAAAGGGAAGUAUCCAUUAGCUUUAAUAAAGCUGAUGACCAGGUACGCUGAAGAUCUUAUUUGGUCGAACAAGAUCACAAAAGCCGAAGCUGUGUUGAGGUUCAUCGUUACCUUAACACAAGGAAGAUCGGAUGCAUCUGAAUUGAGAAAGGUGGCAAAACGAAGACUAGCCUUUCUAAACAAAGACGGAUUUGACCGAUUUGGAAGGAAUCAAUUGUUCGCGCCGCUGAUGAAAUGGGAAGCUAUCAAGAGUAAGGCGGUGGCAAUUAGAAAUAACGCUGAACCGUACGAAAAGGCGUACAAUGAGAUACGAGAUUCCGUUCAAGGGCGGGAUAAUAUAAAAGAAGUGUUCAAGGCGCUUCCAGUGGCAGCUAAGACUCAGGUUGAUAAAGAGAAAGAAAGACUCACUGAGGCUAGACGAGUAGCAAUAAGCCAGAAAGGAGUUUAUGUUAAGAGCAUCAAGGAGUUUGAAUCAAGUAUGGCCAGUUCUCUGAAAGCAAUAGCCGCCCAGCUUCCUGAUGUAUACAAAAAGUCGCAGUUCAACAAACAGGACCUCGUUGUUAUACUUCAAGGAGUUACUGGAUUCGUUGGUGGCGUGGUAGGAAAGGAUCCAUUUUCGACUCUUAGUGCCGCUAUAGGAGUUGCCGGUCAUUUUGCGACAAAGUGUAAUACAGGAUCUCUUCACGAAAACCUGAACAAAACAGAGAAGUGGUUAGCAUUUGGCAAGGAAUACGCCGCUCUUAAAGAUUCUAGUGAUCUGGAUUUUGACAAGAUGGACAUAGGAUCUGUACCAGAGGUUAUGAAGGCCAACCUGGAAAUGAACCAGGGAGGACUAGCAGCGGACCUGGUUUGCAUGUUGGACGAGAGAUCACUGCCUCGAAACAAGGCAAAGUUCGAGGCAGAGAUUGGGGGUUUCUUUAUUGCUGGUGCAGCAAGAAUUGAUCUCAUUGGCAAAGUUAUUGACUUAGACAAUUUCAUUGGUGGAAACAAUUUUGAUAUCCUUAACUUGGAAGAAACAUCAAAUGCAAUAGGAAGCCUCAGUGAAUCUGGUGGUAAGCAUUCCUGCUUGAUUGUACAAUGAAGCAAUGUCUUCCGUAAACAUAAAACCCCAAUCCAACAACAAUGUUACACAUUGAACCAAACUGGAAGUAAAAAGCCAUGCACUAAUCGGAAGAGCGUUACUGGGAACUAC